UCAUAUCGCAAAUAAAAUAAUUUUGUUCCAUUUUGGCUCGUGCAAUUCUAGCCCACCGUGCGCGCUGGUCUUCAGACUCGCUUGUCGCCGGAGAAGCGCGCGCGCUUCGCUAUCGACCGGAGGGACCUCCUGGACCUCCUUCUCGUCUCAUCGCGUCUCGCCCAGUCUCGGGCGGUCGCGGCGCCCGCACGCACUUUCGGUGAAAUCCCUGCUCACCGGGACGCGGCAACGCCUGCCGUGUUGGCUCAUCUCCGAGGAUCGGUCGUCGAACGUGUGCGCGAACGCUCCACCCGCUGCUGAUGACAGACCAAGAGCAUCGGCGCCGAAGAUGACGAUGGGGGUGAGGUCGACGGAACGGUAGCCGAUCAGUGCACUCUCUUCCACCAGUAGGCAAAGAGUCUGCACCCGAUUUAUUCCUCUUCCGGUGAGAGAUGGGAUUCUAUAUAGAAUGAACGCGAUCGAAGGAUAUUAGCUGAAGAGAAAAGAUAGAUAUUUAACACAGACGGAGUGCAACAAUAUUUUGCCGCUGGAACUUGAAAUUGCACUAUGAGAGGGGAUUUUAGAGCUUGUUAUCUUGGUGUUGCCUCUGAAAGAGUGAUAAAUCACUCCGAUUUGUAAAUAAUACAUCACGCUCUCAGCCAUACCGCAUGUUCUAUCCACAAAACUACAGUGGAUAGGUAAAAACAGCUGUUUGAGAGUUUCAUUCCUCCAAAUUCACAUGCGCCAAGACGGAAGGCUGGACCGAAUGAAUACAAUCGGUGAAUACACAUCCCCUGAAGAUGCGUACGCCGUUGAACAUAAUACGCAACCGAGCAGAUGUAGAAAGAAAAUGAAUGAAACGCUACAUGUAGAUACGAUAGAAAAAGGGGACAGAAGAGAGCUGAUGCCGAGGCUCCAUCCGUAGAUUAUCACGUGAAUAAUCCAUGUGCGCUGCAAUCAGUUAAUUGUCAUUAUAAAAAGUUAUAGCGAUGAAUCCGAUAUCUGCCUGCGAACGGCCAUCUUAAUUAUCUAAUUAAUAAACACAUAUCGACGGAAAAAUCAAUAUAUCUCUAAAAAAGAUAGUUCUGAUGGAGAAGUAGAUGACGAAGCGCUAGAUGCGAACAAGUUCGAUCAGAUAGCAUGUCGCACAAUAAUCGAUUUGAAUAAUAAACAAGAAUCAGAACUCAUCUCAGAGAAGAGCAGCCUAAUACCGAGACUUAUCGUUUGUAACAUACGUACCGAAUCGAGAAAUAGGAACGAAUCGUGAUUAAACCGAAACGCCCCUUAAACAUUUGCAUACGACACGAUUAUUAUAUAUGCCAACAGAAUGAUAGUGGUAGUUCACAGUUAACGUUCCACAAGUCUUCCAGGUCCAUGCUACAACUAAACAGGCGAACGUCAGCGAGAGAGGCUGGAUAACAUUGCGAAACACUUGUAUUAUCUCAUGAUCUCGUAAUCAUCAUUAGCAGAAAAUUCAUGGACCACACGAACAUAUCACGACCUCGUAGAAGAAACGUGAGUUUAAUGUGACCGGGAGUUUAAAGGAGAAGGGGAAAGAAAAAGAACAAUAAACGCGACUAUUUGUUUAUCGAGCUCAUAUUUACAUAGACAAUCACUAAGCGAAAGAAUCCGCUUCGAUACCCGAAUAAAUACGUUUGCGCAUUUUGCGUUACAAUAUACGCAUCACACGACGGGCUAACUUCCAUAAAUAUUGCUCUACGUUCGAUCCAUUUGUUCGAUGCGCUUCUUAACGCGAAUUAUGAUGGCGAGCUUCGUGAUGAAUAAUUGCGUCUAAGGAAUGAUACAAGAACGGUAUACAUAAGGACCGAUAAAAAAAAGACUUGAUCUCUUUGCGAAGAAUGAUGCAAAAUCAAAGGACCAAGAGAUUCUGCUCAAUAUAAUUUUAUCUCGUAAGCCGCUGCUCUUUGUGAGAAAAUUUCGAUACAGUAAUGACGAGCGAAGAAUAUAACAUAAGAGAAUAUAAUUAAUAACGCAUUCUCUCCUUUUGUAUAUUAAAUGUAAACGAGAUAAUAUGCAUAUUUUAAGCAAUCCGCAGGAUUCGAUCUAAUCUAAUCAGCUAAACAUAUAUUCACUACAAAUGUGAUGUCGAUAUCAGCAUGAUAUCGGUCCUAUCUUAUCAUAGAAACAAAUGCACUAGACAUAAUGUAUGUACUGAUAGUGCACUUCAACCUUGCACCUACGAAAGUGUUUGAUGUUUGCAACCGCUCUGUUAUGCGUGAACAUCAAUCUCUCGAGGAGACACUGUUUCGCAGUGGCAAAAAAACUAUCGACGAUGAAUGUGGAUCAACCACAGCAUUAAUCAAGACCAGGAUACAGAAAGGAGGCCUACGGCUACGAAGAUGGCUAAUCGCGCUAUUAGUUUUUCUGUUAAUGUCGCUUCUCAUUAUCAACAGCUACGACACCGGUCCAUUUCGGAUCAUCCGAUUUGGAGCAAUGGCCAAACCAAAUACUCCAGAUGUAGUAACGCAGGAAUAUGUAUCGUUAUCACCGAGCGUUUAUACGCCAAUAGGCAGUGGUGGCUAUCUAGUUCGCAACAAAGGAUGCCGAUUACCCGCCAUGGAUCCUUUCGAUCCUGCAACACGACCUUUUAUAACUAAGCCAUCGCUCGAGUGCGGAAAAUCUUUGCCGCUAAUCGAGUCGAAUAAUACUGCGUUGUUUGUUAAUCCUCUGGCAUCAAACGAAUUCCACAAUAUCAGUUGCUGCUGGCGACCAUUCUGGCGAACGGAAAAUAAUGACAAUGCUCUCACAUAUGAUAAGCAGUGUUAUCCAUUCCAAAAUUCCAGCACCGUAAACGCCGAAUUCGUGAAGGUUGAAUGUUCUCGCGACAACAAAGUGAUAUAUAAGGAUUACUACGUUUUUAUACCGCGCAAGCCUUUGGUAGAGGAAAGAUGCAAGCAGGCGCUGAGUAAAGACAAACUCCUUGACGAUCGUCUCAACGUUCUCGUCAUCGGGCUCGAUUCGGUUUCCAGGAUGAACUUUCAUAGAAUGAUGCCAAAGACCGUGAAGCUGCUUCACUCCCUCGGCGCCGUGGAGAUGCUGGGUUACACCAAAGUCGCCGAUAACACGUACCCGAAUCUCGUCCCGGUACUGAGCGGUCUGAAUCAGGACGAGUUGCAUAAACUGUGUUGGCAAACGUCUAAGAAAACCUUCGACGAAUGUCCGCUAUUGUGGAAGAAUUUCAGCGCCGCUGGUUAUCGCACGGUGUUCGGCGAGGACGCAUGGCACAUGACCACAUUUAAUUAUUUGAAACCAGGAUUUCGGGAGGAACCGACGGAUUAUUAUCUUAGACCGUAUAUCUUCGGCGCCGAGAGGGACAUCGGCCAUACCCAGAAGAUGAACGCCAAUCUCUGUAUCGGUUCCAGAAAGACGGUCGACUGCUUGCUGGAUUACAGUCGUAAAGUGGUGAACGAGUUCUCCUCGGAGCUUUACUUUGCCUUCAUCUGGCAGGCCAGUCUCACUCAUGACUUUUUCACGUAUCCGCAGUUGGGCGACGACUCGUAUCACGACUUCGUCGAGUACGUGUCGCAAAAAGAUCUGUUGAAUCGCACUAUCUUGAUCAUGAUGAGCGAUCACGGGUUGAGAUGGGGCGAAUUUCGGCAAACGUAUCAAGGUAAGAUCGAGGAUAGUCUGCCGUUCGUCUUCAUCGUGCUGCCGAGGUGGUGGCGAGAGAAAUUUCCGCUAGCUUGGGGAAACUUGCGCAGGAACAGCCACAGCCUGACGACCCCCUUCGACCUUCAUGAAACCUUGGUGGAUCUGCUAAGCCCGCAUAUUCUGCGCGAAUCGUAUCUCAAGAGACGCAUCAAAGAUCAGGCUGCGUCGCCUAUUCCGCGCGGCAUCAGUUGGUUCCUGCCGGUGCCGGACAUUCGUACCUGCGAAAUGGCGCACAUAGCGAAUCACUGGUGCAUGUGCCACACCAGCAACGCCGUCGCCUGGAACGACACCGGUCUUCAGGAUAGCGUGUCGUUCCUCGUCAGAGAAUUGAACAACAUGCUGAGCAACUAUCCGCUGUGCGCGACGUUGAACUUGAAGCUGAUCAAGGACGCAAAGGUAUGGCUGGACAAGACGGAUGGCGCGAAGCUGAUGGAUUACACGGUGACCAUACAGACCACGCCGGGUGACGCGAUCUUCGAGGGUACGGUGCGUUACAAGGCGGAUGACAAUAGCCGCAAAUUGGUCGGUUCGGUCAGCAGACUUAACGCUUACGGUACUCAGAGUGCUUGCGUUGAUGAGUUUAACAUGCGCCUGUAUUGUUACUGUCUUUAGGCGCAAUCGUUAAAGUGACGCGAUCAUCUUUUUUGUAUCUGAUAAUUUAAAUCAGAGUCGGGAGACUCGAUCAGAAGCGUUUUGAAGAGACCAUUAUAGCUGGAGAGUUUCGCGACAAACUAUUUAAUUUCGCAAAAUACAUUUCUGCGCUUCUAUCUAAUUUCUAUGGAUGAUAGACAAUAUUGUUAUAUUGAUGAAGAUAUCGCUCAAAGUUCGUAUUCUCGAGAACACCGUAAGUCUCUAUCGUAUCGCAAACACAUUCCAGCGCAAUUUGAUAUUUAUUUACACAUAUAUCCUUCCACAAACUUUCUUCUACCUUCCACCAAUUGAUCGAUUAAUUUAAUUUGAUCAUAUACGCACAAUAAUAGAGAUAUCUACAAAUGUUGAUGCAGAAUUGUCUAACGAGGCGUUUGCGGGCGAUCACCUCGCUCCGCAUCUCCACCUUUAUUGCAAUUUCUUAUUUGUUCACUUGCUUGCUCGUGAUGUCGCAAAGUCAGACAAUUCUACGCUCGAUGAGAAAAUACAUUUCUCAACCGCUAUUAAUUCGUAUCAAAAUGAUUUGUACUUGUCAUGUUGACUGUCUCUCAUAUAUUACAUCAGUUUCUUAAACUUUCAACGUCUGUAAACCAAUAUGUAAUGACCUAUUACGGCGAUCUACAAUUCUCAGCGACCAAAAGAAUUCGCCGUUUCUAUAUACAAAUAAAAGAUAUUUUACUAUU